AUGGCCUUAACCUUCAGGACUUCCCCCAUAGUACCACCUGCACCGGCCCCUCUCACGCCAUCCCUCCUCCUCCUCCUCCUCUUUCUCCUCCAGCUGCCGGUGCUGCUGAGGGGCACAGCGGACGAUGAUGUCCCCUGCCCCGGGUACCUGUUUGAGGAGAUCGCCAAGAUCUCCCAUGAGUCGCCUGGCAGCAGCCAGUGCCUGCUGGAGUAUCUCCUCAACCGGCUGCAGAGCAACUCCUGCCAUGUCAAGCUGAAGGUGCUGAAGAUCCUGCUGCACACAUGCACCCAGGGCUCCCCUCAGUUCGUCCUGCAGCUGAAGAGGAAUGCCUGCUUUAUCCGGGAAGCAACAGUGUUCACUGGGCCCCCAGAUCCCCUCCACGGUAACAGCUUGAACCAGAAGGUCCGCGCGGCCGCUCAGGACUUGGCCAGCGUUCUCUUUUCGGAUGCGCUGCUCCCCCAGCCUGCUGCACUGCCUGCCCGUCCCCUGCCUCCCACAGGCAUGGGCUCUAGCCCCAGCCCCUGCGGCUCCUUGCAAGGAUUCGGCUUCAGCAGUGAGAAAAGCAGCUCCGCUUCGACGGGGGAAGCCCUGCUCAGCACCAUCCAGCGAGCGGCCGAAGCGGUGGCCCACGCUGUGCUCCCCUCCCCGGAGGGGCCCCAGCCUCGCCACAGGGAGCUCCACGAGGAUGCCUACCAGCCCGUGAGAGCCCCCUCACCUGCCAGGAGCCCAGCUGGGGCUGUGAAGCCACCAGCGGCCACCGCAGCGCACAGCACCCGAGUGAGCCACCAGCCGGGGCUGGCUGGGGGCGGCUGGGAGGAGGCAGACAGCGGGCACAGCUCCCAGGACUCCUCGCAGGGGAACGGCGAGUUGAGCCGCACCUCGGACUCCUGCAGCAAAUCGGGCAGCGACAGCCACUCUGGGGCCAGCCGUGAGCUGACCCAUGUGGCUGAGAGGGUGGAUGCUGACAGCCUGGGCGACUGCGUGCGGGAGGUGAGCCUGGUGUCAGCGCUGACCCGUGGUGCCAGGGUCUUCCUCACCAGGGAGGAAGCACAGCACUUCGUCAAGGAGUGCGGGCUGCUGAACUGCGAGGUGGUGCUGGAGCUGCUCAGCCGGGCGCUGGAGGACCCCAGUGACAGCGUCCGCAUGAGGUCCAUGUGCGCCAUCUCCUCCCUCAUGUGCUCCGACCUGCUCUCCCUGGACCAGAUCUUUGCCGUGACUCGGCAGCACCUGCAGCAGCUCAGCCAAGGCAGCCCCGGCCCUGUCGCCAACCGAGCAAUGAAGAUCCUGCGGCAGUUCGAGGCUCUCUGCAGAGGCCAGCCCUCCCCGAAGAACGCAUGCCUGGACUCAGACCCCUCUGCCCUUACUGUGGGCUCAGCCCCGUGCACCGGGGACCUGCUGACGGACAUCCCGCUCCUGGCAGGCGAAAGCAUCCUCACCCCCCUGAACGCAGCUCCGGUCCCUGUGGCCGUGCCGGCCCGCAGCGAGGAGCAGGGAGUAGAAGCGGAGACCCACGGGCAGCCCGGUGCCGCGGUGCCAGCCUGUCCCUGCGAGCAGGAGGCGGUGAGCAGGCUGGCGGGGGACACGGUGGGCACCCCUGCACCUUCCUGCAGCCUGUCCCUCUUCGCUGGCAUGGAGCUGGUGGCCCGUCCCGGCGCGGUGCUCUGCCCAGAUUCUCCGCCGGCAGAGCCGCGGACGCUGUCCCAGCCUAAGGACAGGCAGACGGACGUAGAGGGCAGCCGGCAGACGUCGGCCUUUGCCUUUCUCAACAUGUAGCUGCUGUCGGGCUCCCGGGGGGCUGUGAGGGCUUUGCCCUCCCUCCCUGCGGGGCCUGUUGUGCCACAGCCCUCCGUGGGCUCCUCUGCGGGCAGCCAGCUGCUCCCACACCGGGCUCGGUGGAAAUGAGGGUCCUACUCCCCCAGCUUCCCACGCGGCACCCCGGGGAAAAGCAAACGAGCAGCCCUACAUGCCCCGUCCCACAGGGGCAAGGGCAGGGGGGGCUGCCAAGGGUACAUGGGGUGUGAAAUGGCCGCGGGGGCCAGGGCUUUGAUAAGGUUAUA